GAUGUAAUCAUUUUCCUCAUCCCACUCAGAAACAAACAAAAGAACUAGCGUAAGGCAAAAGAAAGGCCACGCUCUCUGCAAUGGCGAUAAAAAGCACCUCCUUCACCAUUUGCCUCCUAUUUUCUUUGGCCACCAUAGCCACUGCUUACUACUCUCCCUCAUCUCCUCCGGUUCACCAAUCACCAGCUUACACCCACAAGCCUACACUCCCACCUCCAGUUUACACUCCACCAGUUUACAAGCCAACCCUUCUCCCUCCGGUCUACACUAAACCAACUCUUCCACCUCCCGUUUACACUCCACCGGUUUACAAGCCAACUCUCCCUCCUCCCGUCUACAAAAAGUCUCCAACCUAUUCUCCUCCUUCAUAUGUCCCAAAACCAACUUAUUCUCCACCCACCAAGCCAUACGUCCCAAAACCAACAUACACUCCACCCACCAAGCCAUAUAUCCCAAAACCAACAACCUACACUUCUCCCACCAAGCCAUAUGUCCCAAAGCCAACCUACACUCCUCCCACCAAGCAAUAUGUUCCAAAACCAACAUACACUCCUCCCACCAAGCCAUAUGUCCCAAAGCCAACCUACACCCCACCCACCAAGCCAUAUGUCCCAAAGCCAACCUACACUCCUCCCACCAAGCCAUAUGUUCCAGAGAUUCUUAAAGUUGUUGAUGGCAUCAUUCUUUGCAAAAAAGGUUAUGAAACCUACCCAAUUCAAGGAGCCAAGGCAAAGAUCGUGUGCUCUGAGCCAGGAUCAUACGGGAAGAAGGACGUUGUGAUCUACAGCGAUCCAACUGACUCUAAGGGAUACUUCCACGUGGCGUUGACCGACAUCAUCAAGAACCUACUUCACUGUCGUGUCAAGCUCUACACAUCUCCAGUUGAGACUUGUAAGAACCCAACCAAUGUCAACAAGGGUCUCACCGGAGUUCCAUUGUCUAUGUACGGAUACCGUUACCACUCCGACAAGAACUUGAAGAUCUUUAGCGUCGGACCUUUUUACUUCACCGGUCCCAAGUCUGCUCCCACCACUCCCAAAUACUGAUGAUCACAUUAAUAUGGUGAUGAUCUUGCAUGCAUUAUAUGUGAGGUCACGUUGAUCAAUUUACUGUUUGGAAACUUUUCCCUUCGAAAUGUUCUUUUGUUUCUUUGUAUCAAUUUCAUUUGAUUCGUUGCAUUACCGAUGCAAUCUUUUUUAUUGGUUAUGUUAUUUUUUGCAAUUGUAUUUAAUAAAAUUUUCUGAGGAACAUUUUUGUUUGAUCUA